AUUUUUUUUUAAAAAACGCACCGUUUUGCUCUCCGGAAUAUUGUCCUCUUUUAAUUUUAUUAUAGGUGCUUCUACUUUAAAACCAAAAUUAAGCGAGUUAUUUUCAGUUGGCGUAAACAUGUUUUUACCACUUAAAAUCACCGGUGCGACGCUCUCUUAACAUGAACGGAAGUUUUUUAUUUUCCUCAGACGCCGUACCGCCCCCUGUAACUCGUGAGCUCGGUAAGGCGUUAAUAUAAUUUUACCUCCACCGACGAAGCGGCUUUACACAUGACCUAACGGGAGCAAAAAGCCAAAAGGUUUAUACUUUCUAUCUAUGCGCAGUUUGCUCGUGGACAAUAUACAAGUAUGCGCGCGCGCAUAUACACACACACACACACACACACAGCCCGGCACUCGGCAGAUUUGCGUUAAUAUUACUGUAGCGUCUUCGGCAAUAUAAAAGAAACAUUAACAAUAAUAAUAUAAUUAAUGGAUAAUGGUGUAUUGCGAUUAAAAAUUACAAAUUGAUAAGGAAACUGUAAUAAAUAUAACAGCAACAAACAAAACGCCGUCGUACGUCGUCGGUACGAUAGUUUCUGUUGUUUAUUUUUAGGGCGUAUAUACCGUUCGCACACGGCCGUCGUCGUGUACAACAACACGCACGCACUCAUUUCCCCCUCCAGCCUCCUAUCAAAAGUAUCACGCUGACGUUCGCCCCACGAUGAUAAUACCCCGUUUGUUGUGUGCGAGUGCUUUUUCCCCUACUACACAAUUCCCGUAAUACGACGAUUGAUGACGUAUAAAUGAGGACGACCAGCGUUUCGGCUGUAUGAUAAUACACGAACACAUUAAAAUUUAUUAUUGCUUCCGCGGAUUUCAACGUGAAUUUGUGUUCUUUUCGCGUUAUCUCCGUGUGCGUUGGUUGGUAUGUGCGAAUCUCUGUCGUGUCGUCGCAGCCUCAUUCGCCGUUAAGUGUUUAGCCGCAAACAACGCCGUCGGCCGUCACCGAUUUGUAAUUAACAUUUAUUACUACUAGGUAUUACUAGUCUCGACUCGAACAUAAACGGUAUCAAUUACGACGACGAAAUCACGAACGUUCAAUGUCGUCGUGUCGGCCAGUACCGUUCACUGGAUUACAACGCCCACGCAAGGAUAUGAUAGCUUCCUGUUAAUAUAUUUUUACAUUUUAACACCUGAGAUUAUUGGGACAAUGCUUUAUUGGGACAAAAUAACAUGCAACCGAUGGGUCCCAAUAAAGCCGAGUAUACUGUAAAUACUUAUUUCAUGAACAAAAUCUAUAGUAUUGAGACACUUUAAAAACAUUUUAAGCAUACUCAAAUAUUUUUUAGUUUGAAGUAAACAUUAAGACAUAAGAAGCAGAUCCAGAGUCAGUUAUCAAUGAGUAAUCAGCUGGUUGACUCAUGUUUGUUGGUGAACAGGAGGGUGGAGAAGCUCCAAGAGCAAAGCUUCACUACUUGCACUGAAAUUACACAGAGGUCGCAGACCGAUUUAUCUCAAAAUAAUUCUUAUUCAAAUGACAUUACAUAUUCAAGCAACGGCCUUCCAGAAAGUCAUUCUGCUAAUUCAUCAGCUCAGUGCAAUGAAAAACCUUUGUUAGUUUCACAAACAAAGAAACAUCAAACAACUCAACAAGUUACAACUGUUACUAAAGUUGUGAGAGAAGUUCAUCAUAUGAUACCUAAUGGUCAUUCAAUAGAUUACAUUCCGUAUACAUUAGGAGUAUCAUCAUCCUCUGCUUCGUCUACUCAACCUAAUAAUUCAGUUCAUAUGUCAGAAUCUGGACAUUUUAAUAAUGACUACCAAAACUAUAAUCCUGGUUGCCAAGACUAUGAUCAUUAUGUUGGUAUUCACUCUGGACUUUCGUAUUCCAAUUAUAAUAAUGUAGUUGGUCAACAAGGUGCUAAGUUAGAUGGAAGUGCAUACCAGAUGUACGAUACUGGUGUUCAUUCUAAUCAACAUGGCCAUGACUACAAUGAAACAGCUCCUACACCUCCCAGCCCUAGUGCAUGUAGCGAAUCUCCUCCACCUCAACAGCUCUUGGCUCAAGAUUAUAUAAGAAAAGGAUUGCCAUACCCACCUUCAGGAUAUGAAGAACUGGAUACACAAAUGCAUCCAAAUCAUGAUCACUAUCAUCGGAUAACACCGUCACCUGGUGAUUGUUAUGAUCAAAUGAGUAGCUCCUGGAAUAUGGAUGAAUGUGGAGAUCCAAUGGCUCAAGGACUUAGAUGGAGAGAUCCAAAUCUUCCAGAAGUCAUAACAUUUUUGGCCAAUCCAAAUAAUUUGAUCAAAGCAAAUGCAGCAGCUUACUUGCAGCAUUUAUGUUACAUGGACGAUCAAAAUAAACAAAAAACAAGAGCAUUAGGGGGAAUACCUGCUUUGGUCAAGCUCUUAAAUCAUGAUUGCCCUGAUGUUUACAGAAAUGCUUGUGGGGCUCUAAGAAAUUUAUCAUAUGGGAGACAAAACGAUGAAAACAAACGAGCUAUUAAAGAUGCUGGUGGAAUACCAUUAUUAAUAAACUUGUUGCAUAAAUCUGCCGAUGCGGAAGUUAAGGAAUUGGUCACUGGAGUUUUAUGGAAUUUAUCGUCAUGCGAGGAUUUGAAAAAAUCAAUUAUUGAUGAUGGACUUUCCACCAUUGUGAAUCAGAUAUUGAUACCGCAUUCAGGAUGGAGUCCAACUGCAUGUAGUGAUAUAUGCUGGUCAACUGUAUUCAGAAAUACUUCUGGAGUAUUAAGGAAUAUAAGCUCAGCUGGUGAAUAUGCUCGAAGGAAAUUACGGGAAUGUGAACAUUUGAUUGACUCACUUCUGUAUGUUAUAUCAACUGCAGUAGAAAAAUCUAAUAUUGGAAAUAAAAGUGUUGAAAAUUGUGUUUGUAUUUUGAGAAACUUGUCUUAUCGUUGUCAAGAAGUUGAAGACCCAAAUUAUGACAAGCACCCUUUACCUACUCAAAGUAGAGUUGGUCCACAACCCAAAGGAGAAAAUCUAGGUUGUUUUGGUGCUAGUAAAAAGAAAAAAGAUAUUAUAGUGUCGCCAAAAGAAAAUCCUAGCAACCGUAUCAUACCUAGAACAGAACCAGCUAAAGGAAUGGAACUUUUAUGGCAGCCAGAAGUUGUUCAAUCAUAUUUGGCACUUCUUCAAAGUUGUUCAAAUCCAGAAACUUUAGAAGCAGCAGCUGGAGCUAUACAGAAUUUGGCUGCGUGUUAUUGGCAGCCUAGUAUUGAAAUCAGAGCGGCUGUUCGUAAAGAAAAAGGCUUACCUAUUUUGGUAGAACUCCUUCGUAUGGAAGUUGAUCGUGUCGUUUGUGCUGUAGCAACCGCAUUGAGGAACUUGGCUAUUGAUCAACGAAAUAAGGAACUUAUUGGCAAGUACGCAAUGAGAGAUUUGGUUCAAAAACUACCCUCGGGAAAUGCUCAACAUGACCAGGGAACUUCAGAUGAUACUAUAGCAGCUGUAUUGGCCACGUUAAAUGAAGUUAUUAAGAAAAAUGCUGAGUUUGCAAGGUCACUAUUAGAUUCAAGUGGAGUAGAAAGAUUAAUGAACAUAGUUAGACAGCGACAGAAGUAUACAUCUAGAGUAUUGAAAUUUGCCAGUCAAGUGUUGUUUGCCAUGUGGCAACAUCAAGAAUUGAGAGAUGCUUAUAAAAAACAUGGAUGGAGAGAACAGGACUUUGUAACUAAAACGAUUGCCGCAAGAAAUGCUGCUGGUGGUGUAAAUUCACCAAAUAAUGCCAAUAGUACACUAAAUCGACCAAUGGCUAGUCAGGGCGGCACUCGUUAUGAAGAUAGAACAAUACAAAGGCAACCGAAUCCAAAUGUCACUUCCCAGAUGAAUCAUUCAUUACCAAACUCAAAUGCGAAUUCUACUUAUCAAGCUAAUGACGAUAUUCCAUUAGCAGAUAUGCCGUAUCCUGAAGUAGCAACACAUACACCACCAGUUGGUGGGGUACUGAUUUAUCCCCCUGGACAUCCAUUAAGACCCGGAGAACCUCUUUAUGCUCAGGUGAAUCGCGAAAAGAAAAAGAAUAAACAAUAUGAUCCAUCAGUAAAUGUAUCCAUGGGAGGCGAGAUGUGGAACUAUAACGAACAAGCACAACCAAAGGUAUCGUCUGUUGAUGUAUCCACUGCUCAAGGUGGUGAUUCUUGGGUGUAAAUGCAAUUUGUGAGAAACUUCACUCAUACUUUUAAAAUUUAAUAUUUACAUUUUGUAAGCAAUUGUUAUUAUUACGAAGUGAUAUUAUUAUUAUUUCCGUAUUUGUGACACAACCAAUUUUUUAUACAUUAUUAUUAUAUUUAGACAGUAAGGUUUUUUUUUAAAUUUUUAACUAUUUAUGAAAUGUAAAUUUGUAUUACAUAAAUACCUUUCCAAACACUUGAACACAUCCCUUAUGAAAUGUAUGCCAGUACAUAGCAUUUGAUACAAUUUCAAUAAGUUAAUGUGCCAAUAUAAUGUUAUACCUAAGACUUAGUACAAUAUACAUUUUUACACAAA